UUGUGUUGGAAAGAAUAAUUUCCCGACCUCCUUUAUAAUGUAACCUUCCUCCUUCUCACAAUCCUCCACCCUAUCUCCAGGUCCAAUUCUUCUCUUCUCCACUCGGUAAUCCUGUCAUUACCAUAUCUGUCGCUCCUUUGCUGGCCGCUGGCCUCGUAUCUGCCUCUACAAAGCUUCAGCUCUGAACACGUCUCAACCCUCCAGCUUACCGACAACAAUGUCUACUCCCGAAUGGAUCCGCUACGGCGUGCCCACUCUUGACCGUCCCUUCGGUCUCGAGCUGUGGCCCAUUUUUGAGAAGGCCUUCACCUCGAUCAAGGGCUACAAGCCCCAGGACUUCCGCUUUGUCCCCGGAAAGACCCCUAUGGCUACCUUCAAGGAGACGGCCACCAUGCUCAUUUGCUACUACAUCAUCAUCUUUGGUGGCAGAGAGUUCAUGCGUGGUCGCGAGCCCUUCAAGCUCAACUUCUUCUUCAAGGUCCACAACUUCUACCUGACCCUGAUCAGUGGUCUUCUCCUGCUUUUGUUCGUCGAGCAGCUUCUGCCCGAGCUCGUCAGAAACGGCGUCUUCCACGCUGUCUGCGCCUACGAGGGUGGCUGGACCGACAAGCUCGUUGUUCUUUACUACCUCAACUACCUCACCAAGUACCUCGAGCUGAUUGACACCUGCUUCCUUUUCCUCAAGAAGAAGCCCUUGACUUUCCUCCACACCUACCACCACGGUGCCACCGCCCUCCUCUGCUUCACCCAGCUCCUCGGCCACACCGCAGUCUCAUGGGUCCCCAUUACCCUGAACUUGACCGUCCACGUCGUCAUGUACUGGUACUACUUCCAGGCCGCACGUGGCAUCCGCAUCUGGUGGAAGAAGUACAUCACCGUCAUGCAAAUUCUCCAGUUCAUCAUCGACCUCGGCUUCGUCUACUUCGCCUCGUACACCUACUUCACCUUCAGAUACUUCCCCAACAUGCCCAACAUGGGUAUCUGCGCCGGUGAGGAGUUUGCCGCCUUUGCUGGUAUGGCCAUUCUCAGCUCUUACCUCGUCCUCUUCCUCUCCUUCUACGCCGCUACCUACAAGAAGCCCACAAAGAAGGGUCGCAACCGUGCCACCAGCGCUCUGGUUGAGAUGAAGGACGAGAAGGUCCCCACUGUUGGUGAGGCUAGAAGAAGAUUCAGCGGUGGUGAGGCUCACUUCACUGGCCGUGACGCUCCUACCCCCAACGGCCGCGUUACCAGAAGCCGCAAGGCGUAAAUGCACAAACCAGUGCAUGCCAGCGCCUGAAAGUACGCAAGGUUGAACAUACUCAGCCAUCUCAAGAUGCGUAGGUGAAUAUACGACAUCUUGACCAUUUUCCAGGGAAUAGUCUGCAACGACUGUAGAUUGAUGGAGCGCACAGUCGCCAGGGGUUGCUGUCCUCAGGCACUUGUUGCAAACUCCUCGGCCUUUGAGGUGUUUUGGCCGCUUCUUGAGCAUCUUGCUAUGCAAGUACAAUGCUCACUUUAUUACUUCUUUGUAAUUUCAUUAGGGCUCGGUGUCAAAAAAGGAGUACUGGGCGGAACACAGGUCGACAUGAUUGUUGUAAAAAGAAUCCAAGAACAAGAGAGACAGGGUCAACGCGUCAUGCUCGCUGUAUGAUAGAAUCAUGUAAUGAAAGAACGAGAAAAAGAGUUAUAAUCACAC